AAUGGCGGAGACACGGUGAAUCUAAAAUUGUGCAAUUUUUAAACGUUUACUUUUUAAAAAAAACAUAUUAAUGGAUUUAUUAGAUAUGCAUUUCCAAAUAACUCGUUUAACAAAUGGUUAAAGCGAAAGAUAAGGAACAGCUUCUUCACGGGGAUGUCGAGCAGCAUGGUCAGAUAACGCAUGGUGAAUGGUAUCUGAGGAGUCAUAGGCGUAACGCUUAUGACCGAACAAUUCAAGACACCAAUAUAGAGUUCAAAGAAGUAAUCGGCUCCCUGUGCGCCGGAGCCGUCGCUGGAGCGAUUGCGAAGACUACAAUUGCACCAUUAGAUCGGACAAAAAUCAUCUUUCAAACCUCCAAAAGACAAUUCUCAGUAAAGGGAGCUAUAAGUGUUCUAAGACAGACAUAUGUGGAACAUGGUCUGCAUGGUCUUUUCCGGGGAAACAGUGCAACCAUGGCAAGGAUUAUACCCUAUGCUGCAUUGCAGUUUACUGCGCAUGAACAGUUUAAACGACUACUGAGACAAGGAAAGAAAAAAGGACCUUUGCCUCCCAUUCGUCGGUUUAUAGCAGGGUCACUAGCUGGUAUUACAGCAGCAUUCUUCACUUAUCCUUUGGAUAUGAUUCGAGCCAGACUUGCCAUCACCUCAAGAGACAGGUAUGCUGGACUUAUAAACACUAUAACCAGCAUCUACAGAGAAGAAGGUUUAUAUGUGUAUUACAGAGGCCUUUUGCCCACAAUAAUGGGGAUAAUGCCCUAUGCUGGGAUAAGUUUCUUCACUUAUGAAUCACUCAAAAAACUUUACUCUGAUGUCUUCCAUGAGAACAAACUUAAUCCUUUACACAGACUUCUGUUUGGUGCAUGUGCGGGACUCUUUGGCCAAUCGGCCACUUAUCCAUUGGACAUAAUUCGCCGGCGAAUGCAGACUGAUGGAAUAACUAGCCCUUCUAGGCCAGAGUAUAAAAGAAUGUGGACCACAGCCAAAUAUGUUUAUGCCACAGAGGGACUGAGAAAAGGCUUAUACAAAGGAUUGAGUAUGAAUUGGGUCAAGGGACCUAUUGCUGUUGGAAUGAGUUUUACAACAUUUGAUAUGUUAUAUGGUUACAUACAGAGGCAUUACAUCCAUACAAAGACUGGAUGAGAGGAAACAAAUCCUUCUACAUAUCUGUAUGCACAAUGGCUGUCUGAAAAUGAGGAGCAAUUGAUUUGAGAUGAACCAGUGAAUGAGGAUGUGUCAAUGCUGUUAGUGUCACAAAAAUUAAUUACAGAUAGAAAGUUGCUUUCCUGGUAUACGAAGCACUCAUGUAACUUCUUUUCCUCUUGAUGACUUUUGCACAUGACAGGGAUCAAGGGAGAUGUACAUGUACAUGUAGAUUUCGUAAUAGAAGCAAUUUAUUCACUGGAAUUGUUAUGUUACCCAAAGCCUUGGCUUCGGGUCGCGUAUUAUGAUGGCAUUUUGAUUGCACACUGGAAUACUUUUUUUUUUCAAACGAUGGCAAUGCAUCCCAGAAUAAAAUAAAAGCAAUAAUAAUGUCAGCUUCAAAAUAUUUAUUAUGCAUUGCCAAAAAAAUUGUGGAUGAUUUCACUGCGGCAGAAUAUCUACAUAUACACCAUUUCGUAACAUUCUUUAAUUUGUAUUUGAAUAUCAUUAGGUUCGAUUGCUAUUGCCCUAACUUGCAUUUUUCGUCAAAUUUCCAAAUUUGUGUCAAUUUUGUAAAUCGUGGAAAAGUUAGUUUCCAAUUGGAAAGUUUCUGUGCAGCAUUUGAAGAGGAACAUAAAGAUC